GUUGCAUGAAAGUCUCUCUCGUCGUUUUACAGACCCACCCACGGCAAUUCAAAUCAGUAACGGCUUGUUUUCAAGUUUCCUCACACUCUCCACGCUCAGUCACCUGAAAUGGCAAUGAAAUCCAAAUGCCUCCUUUACACCCAAAACCGCCAAUCUUCACUCCCACAGAAAAUCAAGCUCAAAACCCACAUACCUUCUGUCCUCUUCCUCAUGCAAAUUCAAGAACCUACCAAAUCAAGCAAAGCAAAAGCUAAAUCCUGAGCUAAUCCUUAGAAAAUAUCAAGUUCCUUUUCAGCUCUUGCCUGUAACCGCUCUGUUUUGCAGUAGCAGAAUGGAGACACGUGGCUUCAGACGCAUCUUUUCCUUCUCCGGGCAGGCUCUUUUUAAUCACCUAGAUCAUAUUGCAGGCUUCGUGCUUGAAAGAUUGUCCCAGAGAGAGUUUGAGUUUAUUUGUAUUUUGGGUCUCUGCAAGAUUGAAGCUUGUGAUUUUUUUGUGUUUUGGGUCUCUGCAAGAUUGAAGCUUGUGAACAUGGCUGGUGAGAGCUCGAGCAAUCUUCCCGCUGGUUGGGUUCAGGGAACUGAGAGAAAAGAGGAUGGAACUAAGGUUAAGUAUUUUGUGCAUUUGGGAAGAGGAGUACGAGUAAACUCAGUGGAAGAUAUGCUCCAUUACAAGAAUAGCGAAUCAGGGGAAAAUAAUCCCAAGCAGACUGGAGGCCGCACCAAAGUCAGCCAUCAAUUCUGCAGUAGGUGCAAGGAAGUUGGCCACGAUAUCUUCCUUUGCCCCUUAGCGCAACAAGCGGCAAUCACGAAACCUACUGCACGCAGCCUGAGUGGGCGUGUGACAGUGGCCAGAACAAGAAAGUCGCCACGCUGUAGUAAGUGUGGUAAAAUAGGGCACAACUGUAGAAGUUGUCAUCAACCUCCCAAAUCUCCAGAGUCCCCCAAGCCUAUGUAAAAGAGUUUUUUUGUAUUUUUAAUGUUUCUGAUAAAUUUUGAACUUGUACUCUCAAAUGAGUUUGUAUUGCGUC